AUGGCGACCGCCAACAGCUUCCUCUCCUCCCGAUCCUCCGCCUGCUCGCUUGCCGUCCGCCGGGCGAGCCAUCCAGAGGGAGGGCCAGUGCGGAGGUCCGUGCCAGCUGAGAUUGCCGGGAGAGGACCUCUCCUCCGCCAUGUAUCUCUCGCUCCGCGGAUUGGUCUUCCUGGGAAGCCGCAGAGGUGAGCCAGGAUGUCGGGGUAGAAUUUCGUACGUUUUUUUACUCGGAUUCGGGCUCUCCGGUGUCUCAAUUCCUCAGUUUGCGUGCUUUGUCUGUUCGGUGGACUGGCGAUGACUGCGACAAGGAGAGAUUUGUAUCUUUUUCCGAACUUCGCUUGCUCGAAUCUUAUUUGAUCUCGUCGGACAAGUCUCCUUAGGUUAUUUUUCAUUUCUCCACUGUGCUCAGAUAGACCAGUAGCAUGAACGGACAAAUCUGUGCCCUGUCAUGGAUGAGAUCAUACUUAUGGGACGCUUGUUGGUACUCCAGCUUCUCCUCUGCUCAAGUGUUUUUCAAUUUCUCUCUGCGUCCUCUAUCAUCAUCGAAGCUGAUUUCGUCAUCUAUUUCCUUCUGACUGUAUCGCUCUGGUUUCCGAAUUUGGUCAUGCGGUGAUAUAUUCUCUAUUUCCUGAGCUCAGUGUUUUUAUUUGAUCCCUUAUUCUAGUUUUUGGAGAAGAUUCAGUGCAAUCUUCCUGGCUGUGGCUUUUGUUGAAAGAGAAUACAGAUUUAUUAUCCAUUUCCCGUCAUGACGUCUUAGCCUUUUAGAUUGCUGGAUGGGUAGUUCAAAUCAUUCCCUGGCUUCCAGUUCAUACUUGUUCUGUGUAAAGUGAAGAAACAAUUAUUUUUGGUUGGUAUUCAUCGAGAGUUUGCCACGAUUAUAAUGGUUGGUAUCUUUCUCUGGUUGUGGUGUAGGAACAUAUUUCUAUCUUCUGUUAAUUCAGCAGAUGUUCUGGGAUCUUCCCCCACGGUUUGUACCUUUCCCUUUCUCAUUUUUUUUAUUCCUUUUUGUUAGAAACGUCCGUCUGCCGUCAAUUUUUGACAGAUGUCCGUUUUAAAUGAGUUAAAAGUCCUGGGCAGGUGAAAAGAAGUUUUCUUUGGUGGUGCACAAUUUGGAAGUUCUCGUCUUUGUUUCGCUUGUUUUUCGUUUUGCUUAUGAAAUCGAGAUGCGUUGUUUUUUUCAUUCUGUUUUUCCUGUAACUUGCUAGGCAGCUAGAUUCAUUCCUGAAGUGUAUCGGCCGAACUAUAAUGGUCUAUAAGUUUAUUGACAAUGUCUCGCUGAACACAUGCAUGUUGUGUUUCAUCUUGAUUGUGUGAGGAGCCCUAACAUGGAAAAGGCAUCUUUGACAGAUAUCUGAUCCGGACGUGAGCUCAGUUCCCAUGCCUAUAUUGCUAAUUGACCAGGACUCUGAUCCAAAUGCAACCCUGGUGCAAUUGAGCUUUGGUGACCGUCUGGGUGCUCUCAUUGACACUGUAAAGUGACUCUGAACCUGCCUUGUGAAAAUAUUCCUUUACAUGCAAUUUUUAUUGUUUAUUUUGACACAACGACGAUGAACAUUAGAAGAUAAUUAUUUUUAUUUUUAUGGAAACCAUUGAGAAAGAUUUCCGUGCUAGAUAAAAUAAAAUUAAAAAAAAACUACGCAUCGACUUUUAUUAGUUUGCCGUGGGAUAAAGAAUGCACAUUACACAAGUUCUGUCCAUUUCAUUCCAAUAUUUUUCUUAACUGCACAAAUAUCACUUUUAUGAUCUCUCUCUCUCUCUCACACACACACACACCUUGGCUGUAUCUUUUUUCAAUUAAUCUUCCUCUUAACCAGAAUGACUCCCUUCAGACGAGAAGAUAGAUUGACUGUCAAAUUAUAUCUCGUCUCCACGUGAGUGUAGAUAUCAUGUCAUGAUCAUUUCUUGGCCUAUCCGGACCGUUACAUGAAUAUGCAGUAGAAAAGUGCAGUAUAGCAGAAAGCACAUCCAUCCAAGAGUUCUUCUUUUUCUCUCUCUCUCAUGUUUUUAUGCAUAAUUUGAGUACUUUUUAAUCGUCGGUCAAUGGCUUUUUUUUUUUUUUUUACCCAGAUGAGAGCACUGAAAGAUCUGGGCUUGGAUGUGACAAAGGGAACUGUAACAACCGAGUCUUCAGUUAAACAGACAAAGUUUUUCAUCGCACGAUCGUAAGCUGACCAUCUUGCAAUCCUCUGUUUUUCAUAAAUAAAUUGCUGACAGAUCUUAAGAUUGUAGGUUCCCUGCACAACCCCGCCCAAUGACUGCCCUAAAUUACAUAGAGUAAAAGAAAUACUGUUUUGACGAACUUUUCGUAGCCAUAUACGGACAAAAAAUAAUUGUUACUACAACAUGCCUGCCUGUCGUAUCCAUAAUAAUGCCCAUUAUGAUCCUACAGUCAUCCAUGUUGAUUGCACUGAAACCAUUGCCACUACUCGUUGAGUAGAGAGUCAAUCCUAUCUUUAUUGUGAAUCAUACCAAUCCAUCGAUUAGUUGGAUGUACCCGUCCGUGCAAGUAUUUGUAUUUGUGCAUGCCUCUUAUAUGAAAAAAGUGCUGGGACAAAGGCAUGCACGGUGCUCUCGACAUGCCAUGCUUUGUCAGAAUAAGAUGCUGGAUGCUUGUGAUGCAACUGCCAUAAACGAUCGAUAAGUUUCUUUUGAGGUAUUUCUGUAGUCUCAGGUGCGACGACAUGAAUUAGCUUUGGUUAGUGAGCUGAACGCUCUAUAGGUGUUCCUUUGGCGUACUCAUCUUAUAAUAUAAGCUAUCGGCAUUUUAGCAGUUUUUCUCUAGGAUUUCUUGCAUGUAGCGUUUAAACUGUCAAAGAGAAGAAAGAAAAUUCAUGUUUAUCUUGUAUGGUGUUCGUGAGCAUUAUAGAGGGCGCAAGGUUGAGAAUCCUGACAUGCUUGAGAAAAUUCGUCUGACCAUCAUCAACAACCUGCUCAAAUAUCAUCCGGUAUGGCUUAUUCAACCAUUUACAUGUCACCAAGCUCCUACUAGAUCUCGUUCUUCCCCUUGACUCCGUAUGUUUUCCUCAGGAAUCCAGCGUGAAGCUUGCAAUGGGGGAGGCUUUUGGAAUAAAACCUCCGGAGAACAAGGUUUCUGCUCUCUCUCUCUCUCUCUCUCUCUCUCUCUCUCGUAGAACACUCCGGUGCUUCAACCCAUAUUCAUCUUCCUCCCCUCUUUUUUAUUGAGGCCCAUAGCUUUUUCUCCGUGAUUCCGAUGCAGGUCGACGUUGACGUCGUCACUCACGUCCACGUUCAGGAAGAUGGGCCAAAGAGAAGGUGCGUCCUGCCAUCCCUCUCCUCCCCUCCCCCCCCGGUGGUCGUCGGCCGGCUCCGGUGGCGUGACCCUCUCCACCUCUCUUCUUCAGCUUGCUGUCUAUAGAGACGGCCGACCGGCCGGGCCUUCUGCUGGAGGUCAUCCAGAUCAUGGCGGAUAUCAGCAUCGACGUCGAAUCGGCGGAGAUAGACACAGUGGUUCGUCCUCUCCCUGCGAUCAACCAAAGAAAUCUAACUAACCUGCUGAUCGAGCUGUCCUCCCUCCCCGUGGCGUUUCAGGGCCUGGUCGCCAAGGAUAAAUUUCACGUCAGCUACAGAGGCGCGGCCCUCAACAGCUCCCUGUCUCAGGUACUCACUCGUCGCCCGUCGGCGUCCCCAUCCUCUCCCCCCUGCUGCCACAGCAUCUUCGCGUUGACUCCCUCCUCCUCCGCUCGUUGCAGGUGUUGACCAACUGCCUCCGCUACCACCUCCGGAAGCCCGAGGCGGAGGAAGACAGCUACUGA